AUGAGUACAUUCUACAAUGACAAAAAUAGAACAAGCUCUCGUUUAUCGCCGAAUAAUAGAAGAAGUACAGAAUCUACGGCGAUGAAUUAUCGUCAAAGUUCUGUCCCUCCUCUUGAUCAGGCAAUUUUUAAUUCCAAAAAUCUAAAAAACAGACCUUUAAGUGCAAUCAAUUCUGAAAUGGAUAGUGCCAGAGGCUCUUCUAUUGCAAAAUGUUUCAAAAAAGGUUUGGGUGGUAGUAUUUUAUCAAGCUGUAUAAGUGUUAAUGAUACUCAUAGAGGACAACAUCCCGAAAGCUUUGUUCCAGGUUCUGAUGCUCAAGAAACUGUGAGAAGAUAUAGAGACAGUUAUUCUCAAUUAAGGCAACUUUUUGAAAAGCUUAAAGAACAAAAUCAAAUUCUCCAAGAAGAGAAUUACCGUUUAGAGGAAUCUCUUAAAUCUGCUCAAGAUGCUCUUAAAGCCAAUCGAACAAUGGAUACGAAGAAUUUGAGUAGCAAUUUGAAUUAUAGUCAAAAAUGUUUGGAUGCAUGCGUGCACUAUAUAUCAUAUGCAUUAAGAUAUUUGGUAGAAAACUUAGAAGAAAAUACCAUAAAUAUUUCUAAAGCAUUAGUGGAAAGAGCAGUUCAGCAAAGAAUUUAUCUUUUAGAACCAAAAUUGGAUGAUUCUAUUAAACAACUUCAGCAAAAUAUAGUCGAAUUAGAACAAAAAACUAGAAUAGCCAAGUUAAAUGAAGAAAGAUUGAUAAUGGCAGCUAAGAAUAAUAAGCUUCAAUAUCCUGAAAGCAAUCAAAAUAUCACAGAAACUAAACAUAAUGUAAAUUCGCAAAAUAGCAGUGGAGCUGAAAGUGAGAUUGUUUCAGAAAAAGAAUAUUCUAAACCAAAAUCUUCACUGGACACUGGUAAAUUUGAUAAAUCUUCAACUCAAAGUCUAACUCAAUCUAAGAUGGUAUCGAAAGAUCAUGCAAAGAAUACCUCUAAUAUUAGCCGUUCUUUGGAAUCCUCUAAAAUCUCAUCGCAAGUUUUAUCUCAGAGCAAAUCACCAAUUUCAGCAUCAAAAUCAAUUACUAGUAAGAGCCAUCUUGAAAAAAGUAAACCUGAUGUUUCCAAAAAUGAAGGAAGCAUCAAUAAAUUAAUCGAAAAUAUUGAGAAACCAAUCGGAGAAGUAGAAAAAAUGGUUGAUAUUGUCAGUAAGUCGAUCACAUCCUCUUUAAAAUCACCUUCCAUAUCUGUUUCCAAGAACUCUAGUGGCGUUUUAAGUAAACAAGAGCAAAAUUUAAGCUCUGCAAAUCUCAAAAAUGACUUUUCGGAUUUAAAGUCCGGUAAUUCUGAUGCAUCCGCUGAUCUCCUUAAGGAUUCUUCAGCUAGUUUACCCAAAAAGGACGCCCCAAUUACUUCAACCGCUCCUGCAAAAGAAGCUCCAGCUUCAACAUCUAUGAAGGAUGCCCCAGUAGCUCCACUUAAGAAAGACGCACCAACUACUUCAGCUACUUCUCCAAAAGAAAUCCCGUCUGCUCCAUCUAUGAAGAAGGAUGAACUAACAGCUUCACUUAAGAAUAGUGUGUCAACUAUGAAGAAGGAGACUACUGCAUCUCCACUUAAGAAGAAUGUACCAACAGCUCCAGCUAUUUCUACAAAAGAUGCUCCUACUGUAACACCAAUCAAAAAGGAUGCUCCAGUUGCUUCAACUGCACCUACAAAAGAGGCACCAGCUUUACAGUCAAUGAAGAAAGAUGCUCCAACUGCUCCACCCAAGAAAGACACACCAAUAGCUCCGGCUACUCCUACAAAAGAGGCUCCUAGUGUGCCAUCAAUAAAGAAGGACGCCCCAGCUAUACCCCCAAUGAAGAAGGAUGCUCCUACUGCUUCUGCUCCCGUAAAAGAGGUUCCAUCAAUGCCACCCAUGAAGAAAGAUGUACCGGUUGCACCCUCUAUGAAGAAAGAAGCUCCUAUUUCUCCCAAAAAAGAGUCUUCAGCCGCACCGCCUGCGAAGAAGGACGCUCCAACUACGCCUCCCACAAAGAAGGAUACCCCUGUUCCUGCAACAAAAGAAGCUCCAGCUGCAUUACCUAUAAAGAAGGAAGCCCCGGUUGCAUCUCACAUAAAAAAAGACGCACCAAUUACUCCGCCUUCUCCUUUAAAGGAAGCUCCAACUGUCCCUCCUGUGAAGAAGGAAACUCCCACUGCGCCACCUAUGAAAAAGGAUGCACCUGCUACUCCAACUGCUCCAAUAAAAGAGGCACCAACCGUACCGCCUAUGAAGAAGGAUGCACCUCCUCUUCCAAAGAAGGAAGCUCCAGCUGCACCUCCCAUGAAGAAGGACGCUCCUGCUGCCCCAAUAAAAGAGGCACCAGCCGUGCCACCUAUGAAGAAGGAUGCACCUCCUCUUCCAAAGAAGGAAGCCCCAGCUGCACCUCCUAUGAAGAAGGACGCUCCUGCUUCUCCAACUGUCCCAGCAAAAGAGCCUCCAGUUGCCCCGCCUACGAAAAAAGAUAUACCUGCUCCUCCAGCAAAGGAAGCACCAGCUGCACCUUCUAUGAAAGAAGCUCCAGCUCCUCCGACGGAGGACGCUCCAGCCCCCCCAAUAAAAGAGGCACCGACCGCACCGCCUAUGAAGAAGGAUGCACUUCCUCUUCCAAAGAAGGAAGCCCCAGCUGCACCUCCUAUGAAGAAGGACGCUCCUGCUCCUCCAACUGUCCCAGCAAAAGAGUCUCCAGCUGCGCCAGUAAAAGAGGCUCCAACAGUACCACCUAUGAAGAAGGAUGCGCCUCCUCUUCCAAAGAAGGAAGCUUCAGCUGUACCUCCCAUGAAGAAGGAAGCACCUGUUCCUCCAGCAAAAGAGGUUCCUCCUACACCACCUAUAAAGAAGGAAGCCCCAGCCGCGCCACCCAUGAAGAAGGAUGCACCUCUUCCAAAGAAGGAAGCCCCAGCUGCACCUCCCAUGAAAGAAGCUCCAGCUCCUCCAACGAAGGACGCUCCAACUACUCCUGUAAAAGAGGCACCGGCCGUACCACCCAUGAAGAAGGAUGCACCUCCUCUUCCAAAGAAGGAAGCUCCAGCUGCACCUCCCAUGAAGAAGGAUGCACCUCUUCCAAAGAAGGAAGCCCCAGCUGCACCUCCCAUGAAAGAAGCUCCAGCUCCUCCAACAAAGGACGCUCCAACUACUCCUGUAAAAGAGGCACCGGCCGUACCACCCAUGAAGAAGGAUGCACCUUCUCUUCCAAAGAAGGAAGCCCCAGCUGCACCUCCUAUGAAGAAGGACGCUCCUGCUUCUCCAAAUGUUGCAGCAAAAGAGCCUCCAGUUGCACCGCCUAUGAAAAAGGAUAUACCUGCUCCUCCAGCAAAGGAAGCACCAGCUACACCCCCUAUAAAGGAGCCACACGCCCCUCCAACUAAGGACAUGCCUGCUACUCCUCCGAUAAAAAAGGAGGCUCCAGUCGCCCCUGCCAUGAAGAAGGAUGCUCCAGCUGUACCACCCAUUAAAAAGGAGGCUCCAACCCCUCCACUAAAAAAGGAUACGCCUGCUCCUCCAGCAAAGGAAGCACCAGCUGCACCCCCUAUAAAGGAGCCACCGACCCCUCCAACUAAGGACAUCCCAGUUGUGCCACCUAUGAAAAAGGACGCACCUACUCCUCCAGCUGCGCCAGUAAAAGAGGCACCGACCGUACCAGCUAUUAAGAAGGAUGCACCUCCUCUUCCAAAGAAGGAAGCUUCAGCUGUACCUCCCAUGAAGAAGGAAGCACCUGUUCCUCCAGCAAAAGAGGUUCCUCCUACACCACCUAUAAAGAAGGAAGCCCCAGCCGCGCCACCCAUGAAGAAGGAUGCACCUCCUCUUCCAAAGAAGGAAGCCCCAACUGUACCUCCUAUGAAAGAAGCUCCAGUUCCUCCAACGGAGGACGCUCCAGCUCCCUCAAUAAAAGAGGCACCGACCGUACCACCCAUGAAGAAGGAUGCACCUCCUCUUCCAAAGAAGGAAGCUCCAGCUGCACCUCCCAUGAAGAAGGACGCUCCAGCUGCCCCAAUAAAAGAGGCACCAGCAGUACCAUUUAUGAAGAAGGAUGCGCCUCCUCUUCCAAAGAAGAAAGCCCCAGCUGCGCCACCUAUGAAGAAGGACGCUCCUGCUCCUCCAACUGUCCCAGCAAAAGAGUCUCCAGCUGCGCCAGUAAAAGAGGCUCCAGCAGUACCACCUAUGAAGAAGGAUGCGCCUCCUCUUCCAAAGAAGGAAGCCCCAGCUGUAACAUCCAUGAAGAAGGACUCCCCCGUUCCUUUAACAAAAGAGUCUCCAGCUAUACCCCCUAUAAAGAAGGAGGCUCCAAUUCCUCCACCAAAAAAGGAUAUGCCUGCUCCUCCAGCAAAAGAAGCUCCAGCUACACCUCCUAUAAAGGAGUCACCAGCUCCUCCAACUAAGGAUGCUUCAGCUCUGCCACCUAUUAAAAAGGAAGCCCCGGCUACACCUCUUAUGAAAGAAGCUCAAGAUUUUCCAACUAAGGAUGCUCCAGCUGUACCACCUACUAAAAAGGAAGCUCCCAUUCCUCCAGCAAAAGAGGCUCCCCCUCCACCACCUAUAAAGAAGGAAGCCCCACUUGCACCUCCUAUGAAGAAGGAUGCCCCAGCUGUACCACCUAUUAAAAAAGAAGCUCCUGCUCCUUCUACUAAGGAGGAUCCAGCUACUCCACUCGAGAAGGAUGUCCCUGUUCCUCCAGCUGUGCCACCUAUAAAGAAGGAUGUGCCUUCUCCUCUGAAAAAGGAGCCUCCUACAUCUCUUUUAAAGAAGGACGUCCCUCCUACACCUCCCAUAAAGAAAGACGCUCCAGCUGCCCCACCUAUUAAAAAGGAAGCUCCAUCAGCUUCGGAAUCUUCAGUAGAAGAAGCUCCAGUUGUGUCGACUAUGAAGAAGGAUGUCCCAUUGCCUCCAAUAAUGAAGAAGGGUGCACCAACUGCUCCACCAAUGAAAAAGAAUGCACCAUCUUCAGCUCCUGUAAAGAAAAGUCCUCCAAUUCCAAUAAAAAAAGAGGCACCUAAUUGA